CGCCUUUUUACUAAAGAAAGCAACAAACAGCUCGCGCAGUGAGACAGACAGACGGAGCGCCGCGACGAGAGAGGAGCUCGGGAUAAAACCCGCAAAAGUCUCUUUAUUCCUUUAUUUACACAAGAUUUCUUCAGUAUUGACGUUUUGCUCAUUAAAGACUGAACGAUGGCCCAGGAGACCAACCAGAGCCCCGUGCCCAUGCUCUGCACCACUGGCUGUGGGUUCUACGGGAACCCCAGGACUAACGGCAUGUGUUCGGUGUGCUAUAAGGAACACCUCUCCAGACAGAACAGUGGAGGUGUGAGUCCUCUCAGUAACAUGGGUUCUAGCAGUGUAACCAGUAGUCCCACUGCUGAGGCGUCUGCCAUCCAGAUCAUCGAGGCUAGUUUAAACAACUCGGCGAGUGACACAGAGUCACCCGGCGGAGCCGCUGCAGCACUUCCUGUUACGCAGCAGAUGACUGAGAUGAGCAUUUCCUGUGAAGAGGAAGUGGCAUCACCUAAAGUAGAACUUCCUGAACCUGUUGUAACUCAGCCCACAGCUUCCUCUUCCUGCUCGGUCAACACGGCGGUCAGCGCAGAGACCAAAACCCCAGACGCCCCCAAACCCAAGAAAAACCGCUGCUUCAUGUGCCGCAAGAAGGUCGGCCUUACAGGGUUUGACUGUCGCUGUGGAAACCUCUUCUGUGGACUUCACCGUUACUCAGACAAGCACAACUGCCCCUACGACUACAAAGCCGAGGCCGCGGCCAAGAUCCGCAAAGAGAACCCCGUGGUGGUGGCCGACAAGAUCCAGAGAAUAUAGAUGACCCGCCUUUCUCUUUGGCUUUGACCCUCAUUUCCGGGAGAGAUAUAACGUAUAAAAACAAAAAAAAAGAGGACUCGCACUUGACCUGCGAUCUAAAGGACUAUUUUUAUUUUUAAUGACAUUGAUCUUGUUUUUUCAGCUGAUGCAUGAGGAGUGGUUUGGGUUUUUUUUUUUUUUGGUGUGUCUUCUGUGUAUGGAGUUAAAAAGAUGGGUAAGAGUGGGUGGAGUUUAGAUCACAUCUGUGUGUGUGUGUGUGUGUGAUUGUGGGGACAGAGGUGUUGUGUUAAAGGCGAACCGUCUUUGUGAUCGUGGAAUCGUGGUGAUUGUGUACGUCUGGUGUGGCGGUGAGGAGGACGGACACACCGUAGCCCGCGGGACUUCACACGACUGUUACGGCUCUGACUCGAGCGCGGUCAGGGCAGCAGUGCAUGGCUGGCUCAUGUAGCACAAAAAAGAAAACAAUGGACGCUCUCUCUCCUUUCCCUGUAGUUUGAAGAGUUCACUUGCCCCGGCUCGUGGCAUGACUCCCAAACGCUAGAGUUAGCCUUCACAGCAUUGGCUCGGUUUAUUUGCCCGUGCCUCGGACCGUCCGGCUUCAGACUCCCCCCCCCCCUCCUUUCCUUUUUGUUUUGGAGUGAUUUUUUUAUUUCCCCUUGUUCUCAAGUGACACUUCUAUCCAGGUUGGUAAAAGUUUGUGUGUACUCCACUAAACUGAUUAAAUGUUAAGGCUUUGUAUUCUGAACCUCACCUGAGUGUUGGAGUUUUAGUUGGAGGACCUGCAUGGCUAGGAAAUAACUAAAGUGUGUUAGGUUUUUAAUGGCUACAUGCUCAUAGGCCUUUUUUAAUGAAUAACCUGUCUGUACUGAAUGUUGCGUUGUGUGUGUGUGAUGAGGGAGUCACAUGGUGCUGAGUGUCAUGCGGUGUUUCCACUGUUGUGUGAAGGGAUGCCUGAGUGUGUGAAAUGGUCAGUUUGCGUGUGUGCACAUUGGCAUUUCUGUAAAAGAUUCAUUCAGUUUGUUGUUUCAGUUCUGUGGUUUGUCCAAGCGAACCCCUUAUAUUUAUUAUGUAUUGCGCAUCUAAUCUUGUUAUCCAACAUUACAGAAAUGUAUCAUGUAAAUAAAAUUAUGUACAGAGAUCUAAACAUA